UAACGGCGGCUGCGCACUGGACAAGGAACGCCUCUCUUCUCUUCUCACUUCCUCAAACCUUGGAGGUUCAUACAUUAAAGAGCCUCCGUCAGUCGUCAUAUUCUGCUGUGGGGGGUGAUAACAAUAGGACCGAGAGAAGUUACAAACUACGGACCCGUCCCAAAGACGAGAGAAAGAUUUAGUGCCUUCCAAAUUUGUCCACCCAGCAAUUUCCUCGCCCAGUUAUGUGUGACACAUAUCAAAAUGGUGUUUUGGAAAGAGACAACCAUACUGAUUUCUCACGGUUAGAAAAUCGCCUGGACUCGUUCAAGGGCUCCACCCUGGCUCAGCAAGUACCGCCUGAACGACUGGCAAGGGCUGGCUUCUACUUCACUGGCAACGCAGACCGAGUACAGUGUUUCAGCUGCAGUAAGACCGUGGAAAACUGGCAUAGCGGAGACACGCCUGUACAAAGACACAUGGAGAUUUCUCCAUCGUGCAGUUUCCUCACCUGCUGCCACCGAAACAGCUUGAACCCAAGUUAUGGCGCCCCCGUCGUUAAUGGUUCUGUCUAUGACGAAGCUGCAGAAGACAUGCAGUAUCGUUUGUCCACUGGAGAAAUAGUUGAUCAGACCCCCUACCCUAGAGCCCCUCACAUGAGGAGUGAACAAGACCGCCUUCAGACCUUUUCUUUGUGGCCCUCCAGGGCCCCUGUAAGACCCAGAGAUCUGGCUCAGGCUGGCUUCUACUACUUGGGCCUGGAUGACAGGGUGGAGUGUUUCUGCUGUGGCGGCAAGCUGAAUGACUGGGAAGAUGGAGACAGCCCUUGGGGUGAACACACCAAAUACUUAGGCAACUGCUUUUUCAUCCUCGGCCAUGACGUAGGUAACGUCCCGCUCCUGGACACUGCAGAGGAGCCCAUGCAGGCGGGGAGCAGCAAUCAAGACGUGAAUGAGGAUGGGAGUAUGGAGACCUUUGAGAGGAGGCUCAGUAGCUUUGCUACUGUUCAGCACCCUAUCAGCCAUGAGAGGCUUGCAAGAGCUGGUUUCUACAGCACAGGGUUAGGAGACAAGGUGUUAUGUUUCCGAUGUGGUGGGGGUUUAAAAGGCUGGCAGCCCGAGGAAGACCCCUGGGCAGAACAUGCUAAAUACUACCCAGGAUGCAGCUUUCUGCUGGAAGAAAAAGGAGAUGAAUUUGUCAACAGCAUUCAGCUACGAGGACCCCAACAAAGUAGUGCUGCUGCAAGUCAUCAGAAUGGAUUUUCAGCCAGUGAAAAAGAUGAGGACCCACUGGAGAAACUGAGGAAGUUGCAGAUGGAAAAACAGUGCAAAAUCUGCAUGGACAGAGAUAUUUCUAUCGUCUUCCUCCCAUGUGGUCAUCUGGUCAGUUGCAAGCAGUGCUCAGAGUCACUCAUCAAGUGUCCGAUCUGCUGUGGAGCUAUAACACAAAAAAUAAAAACCUAUAUUGCUUAAGCGAAAGACAACAACCCGUUGUUUAACAUGGAUGCUGCUUUUUUUGUAUUGUUUAUUUAUCAUGUUAUGACUGUAGGCAGCACAGCGGUCCGGUCGGUAACUCUGCGGCCUUCCAGUAAGGAUUUUCUAGAUUUUACUCACAGGUUAACAGAAUGACUUUUAGAAGUGACAGUAUGACUGAUUAUACGUGCAGUUGUCUUUGUGUUGAACUGUCGAUUGUACCCUGCCUCUUUUCCACUGAUUACAAAACUAUGCUCCAGCACCUCGAUGGCCUCAAUAUAUAUAGAUGAGGGGGUUUGUAAAAUACAUACAUAAAUGUUCUAAUUUAACAAUAAAUGUAUAUUAGAUGCCUUGUAAAGUACUUACAGCUGUAAAUGUAUUAUUUUAAUUAAACAUUUACUAUAUACUUUCCAGAGACAAAUAUUUUCACAAUCACUUGGAUGGUAAAUAGCUGUUAUCUUAAGAUCAUUUUACAUGUAGAUUUUUUUUUUUCAAUCACUGCAACUUGUAAAUACGUAUGUUAGACAAACAUGUUUUCACUCUUUGUUCCUUCCUUUCCUUUAGGUUUGUGUGCUUAAUCUACAUUUGCUACACCUGAUCCUAAUGUAAAUGUCCGAAGGGUGUCACACCAGUUUCCUUCGCUCUCAUUCCUCUCAUAUCCUGUGCUCUUAUGCACAGGAUGUAAUGGGAUAGUGUCGUUUUUAAUGUCUUCAUUUUGAAAGCUUUUAAUCAUCAGAUUUUCAUCAUGCAAUCUUUUGUGUAAAUAAACUAAAUAAAUCUUUUAAUAAUUCGA